GGCGCUGGGUUGCUGCCGCCGCUGCAGCCAUCGUGCCAGCCCCUCGGGUCUCAACUAGGCUGGGUGACGCUCCAGAAUGGGAGACAAGCCAAUUUGGGAGCAGAUUGGAUCCAGCUUCAUUCAACAUUACUACCAGUUAUUUGAUAACGACAGAACCCAACUAGACGCAAUUUAUAUUGACGCGUCAUGCCUUAUGUGGGAAGGACAGCAAUUCCAGGGGAAAGCUGCCAUUGUGAAGAAAUUGUCUAGCCUUCCGUUCCAGAAAAUCCAGCAUAGCAUCACGGCGCAGGACCGUCAGCCCACGCCACAUAGCUGCAUCAUCAGCAUGGUUGUGGGCCAGCUUAAGGCCGAUGAAGACCCCAUCAUGGGGUUCCACCAGAUGUUCCUAUUAAAGAACAUCAAUGAUGCUUGGGUUUGCACCAAUGACAUGUUCAGGCUUGCCCUGCACAACUUCGGCUGACCUCCUCCCAGCCAGGCACUCAUGCUGUUUCCUCCUCCCUCCUCUUCCCGAUAUUAUUCAUGCUCCUCCAGAUGCUCCAAAUAUCAUACACAAAUGAGCAGGGCCGCGGUGGGAGUGGGCGCAGUGCGCUACUGCUGCCGAGGUAUUGUGCAUGAUGUUUGGCCGCUAGACUAGUUGCAUCUGACGGGAGAAGUUUGUGUUGUACCAGCGCAUGCCUUGGAAAGAGUUAAGUAAUGCGGAAGGUUGUCUUUUUUUUUUUUUUUUUUUAAUCUACUGACAAGUUGCUCUAGUAACCCAAAGAAGUGAAGGAGAAAGCAGCUGCCUCACCACCGAGAUAUUGAUUUGUUCAGAUGUUUCAAUGCCGCAUGAUACAAUAAA